CACAUAGCCCCUGACAUGGUGGGGGUUGUACCCAAUCCACGUGCAAUUCCAAUCACCAUAAGCACGGAAGACAAUUUCAGGUGCUCCCACAAUGUAUCUGCAUUUUUCCCCCAACAGAGAUAUAUGUACAUAUGCCACAGGAAAAGCGGCAAACGAUAUCUAAUUCCAUUGGCUUGGUUCGGCCAUCCAUCUAAUCAGGACUCUACCACAACAAGCAUUAUAUAUAAUCUACACAAGCAAAACCAUCUUAAAGAGCCGAGGAAAGAAGCUGAGCUGAGUGCUGAGUUGCCAGUCAUGAAAAUGGAGAGGAUGGACUACUCUCCAUCAGCAGCAAAAUCUGAAGGUCCUUCUAUUGGGAGGAAGAAGAAGAUGAAGAACGGCAAGAGGAGAUUCAGCAACGAGCAGAUCAAGUCCUUGGAAUCCAUGUUCGAGGAGGAAACCAAGCUUGAACCUCAGAGGAAGCUGCAGCUUGCGAGAGAGCUCGGACUGCAGCCGCGCCAGGUUGCUAUAUGGUUCCAGAACAGAAGAGCCCGGUGGAAAUCAAAGCAGCUCGAGCGAGAGUACGGCAUACUGAAGGCCAGUUACGAUGCUCUGGCUUUGAGUUUCGAGUCUCUGAAGAAAGAGAAACAGUGCCUUCUGAAGCAGCUGCAGAAGCUGGGUGAUCUGCUGGAAAAGCAUCCGAGAGAGACAAGGUGGCAUGAGUUGGGUUUGACUGGAAACGGCAAUGAUGCCGACUCCGAUGGCGGAGAACCUAAGUGUAGCGAGUAUGAGGAGAAGCCCCACCCGUUAGUGGAGGAGAGAUCGGAUCUUAGAGUGAUUGUGUAUUCAGAUGGUGAGAAUAGCAAGAACUUGAAGGGACCUGAGACAGAAGAACCACGCCUUCUGGACAUGGCGGAACCUGCCGAUGGCUCCUUAAUGAUGCCCGAGUGGUGUGAUUUUGAUUCGGGGUGUUUUUCAGAUCAAUCCUGCAGCAGUUUGGAUUGGUGGGAACUUUGGCCUUAACUGUAUAAAACCCGCGAUUGGGUUUGGUUUGGUCUAAUUAGGACACUUUGAUGAGCUGUAUAAAUGGGAGGGAGCAACGUUAGAAGUGAGGGAAGCAGAACCUCUUUUGAUAUGUUCAAAUGCGCCAAGCAUUCCGAAUGCCCGUGAAUGAAAUGCACAGAAUCGGCUAUCCUUUCUCCUAAUGCAACUGCAUUUGGAAAAGGUAAAUAAAUAAGUCUAAAAUCCAUAAUCCAGAGCAUGCAGCAUCAACAGCUUCGUUGCAGAACCUUCUAGUAAGGUGCCGCUCACACUCCUGCUCUCACUUCCUGGGUUGUGAGAAUGCUUGUUACAUUUGUUCUGUCGAUGCAAAGCAGCUUCUUAUAACAGGAUGAGGAAAGGAGCUGGAAUGCAAAAAGAAAAUGGAGAAACUGGAGAUUCCAAGUAAAGAGGCAGAAAAUGGAGUUGGGAAAAAUGGCAAAGGAGAAAAGGAAGGGAGCAUAUGCAUGAACCUAAUCGAUCUUGCAUGCAACAAACCCAACUUCACAAAGACGUUCGAGAAAGUAAAACCAUCUUGCCUGAUAAUUUAGGAUUCGCUUCUGCUGUUUUCUCGACUGUAAUGGUUGUAAAAAGACAUGAAUAAAUUCAGGAGACAACAUUAGAUAA